AUGGGUGUUAAAGAAUAUUUUCGUGAAUUUGUUAAUAGAUAUUUUUGGAGGGCAAUGUUUUCAGAAUUUUUAGCGACCGUCAUUUUUGUUUUUACGGUAACGUCUGUCAGUAUGAAUUUUGGUAAAAUAUUUGAGACGUCAAUCGAGACCAUCAAGACUUGUUUACCUGUCGGAUUCACAAUGGUAUUCUUGUUAAAAACAUUUGGACCAAUAAGUGGGGGAUAUGUAAACCCUGCGCUGUCAAUGGGUGCGUAUGUUAAUGGAGAUAUCAGCAGUUCGCGUGCUACUAUGUAUUCUGUGGCUCAAUAUGCUGGAGGUAAUGAUCGUAUUUAUACUGAAAAUUUUAAAUCCAGCUAA